UGCGCCUCAGUUCAUGCAGAGUGGCGUGCCCGUGUCAGGCGAAGCGAGUGGAUGCGGAGCGGACGGCUUUCUGCCUGAGAAACUUAUGAGGGCGGAAAAUUAUGGCGGACAUCUCCUCCAGAGUUUAUCUUUACCACCGUGUAGCGCUUAAGCCACACCACCAGUGGCUUUGUAAUGUUUUUAUUUUGGGCCGUUCUUAAAUGUGUUCCUCUAAAAGCUCGCUUUCUAAGAAGGUGCUAGUGGUCGUUUGGUUUAUGAAGGAGCAGCUUGCAGACUGAGUAAGAGAUCAAAAAUGAACAGUGGAGAAGAAAUGAACUUCACCUUUGUGGAUGAUGAAAACUGGACUUUGCCUAACGUGACCAAGGAAUAUGUUGUGCCUCGGAGCAACAUCACCUAUGUUGGAUUUUACCUUCAUCAGCCCUCAGUAGCUGCUAUCUUCAUAGUGUCUUACCUCCUCAUAUUCUUGGUCUGCAUGGUGGGCAAUGGAGUGGUGUGCUUCAUUGUCUUACGGAGCAAGAACAUGCGCACCGUCACCAACCUCUUUAUCCUCAACCUUGCUGUCAGUGACCUCCUCGUUGGUAUUUUUUGCAUGCCCACGACUCUUCUCGACAACAUUAUUACAGGGUGGCCGUUUGGAAGUAUGGUGUGUAAAAUGAGCGGUAUGGUCCAGGGCAUAUCGGUCUCGGCCUCUGUUUUUACCCUGGUUGCUAUUGCGGUUGACAGAUUCAGAUGCAUUGUUUAUCCCUUCAAGCAGAAACUCACAAUAUCAACGGCCACGCUCAUCAUCGUAAUCAUCUGGGUCCUGGCCAUAUCGAUCAUGUGUCCCUCCGGAGUCAUGCUUCAAGUUACCAAAGAGCAAUCCAUCCGUGUGUUUCUGGGGGAUGGCAACAGGACAAGUCCUUUCUACUGGUGUAGGGAGAACUGGCCCAACCAGGAGAUGAGAAAGAUCUACACCACUGUUCUAUUUGCAAACAUAUACCUGGCUCCUCUUUCUCUUAUAGUGAUCAUGUACGCGAGGAUUGGGAUUACUCUGUUCAAAACUGCAGUGCCAACAGGCGGAAAGCCUGGCCAUGACAACCGCCACAAUGUAUCCAAGAAGAAGCAGAGAGUCAUCAAAAUGCUUCUCAUCGUGGCUUUGCUCUUCAUCUUGUCCUGGUUGCCUUUGUGGACCCUGAUGAUGCUCACAGACUAUGCUCGGCUCACUGAGCACCAGUACAGGCUUAUUAACAUCUACAUCUAUCCUUUUGCUCACUGGCUAGCCUUCUUCAACAGCAGUGUCAACCCCAUAAUUUACGGUUUCUACAAUGAGAACUUCCGCCGUGGAUUCCAAGCCAUUUUUAAGUUUAGGCUGUGCUCAGUGGGCGGCCACCGACGGAAGACAUAUUCGCAUAGGGUACAGGGUAACGCUGUGUUGCCAGCUAACCUUCAGCCCUCUACUGAGCCCAUCUCUCUCAACAGUGUGGAAAACCACAGCUCCCGUAGGGUCAAUCAUGUAAAUGAGCAAGACUUGGUCAUGGAGGACCUGGAAAAGGUAUCUGAAAGCAGCAUAGAUGGAGCUUCUCUCUAAACAGAGGGGUUAUGGAAUAAAGGCAUUCCAGCCACCAACUGGUGGUAGCCAAUUUUCAUUACAUAGUGUUAUCUAAUGUAUGGUGUGUAGUGUUUUAGCUGUAUUUUGCUGUAUACAUUUGAUAUAUAUUCCUGUUUGGGAGUUACCUGUGUUUACAAGUAAUGAAUUCACACCAUUGCAAGUGAGCUAGCAAGCAAAUAAAAAUUGUUAGCUAUCAGUUAUAGCUGAAAGAUAAAUUGUUUUUAUAUUGAAAUUGCAAUUUGAAAGUUUUUUGAAAACAAAAGCUGCAAUUUUGUUUUAUAGCUAACAUUAGCUACAGUUUUGUCUUAACAGGUUUUUAGUGGGGAAGUUGAACUCAAUAACACGUAGCUCAUGGACUACCUGUAGAUAAGGUAAACCAAACAGAAGCAACCAAAUACAUGUGUUAUGAAAAAUACAGGCAUCCAGCAUUUAAAUUUAAAGCCAGAAAAGAUGGAUAUAUUUCAUAGAGAUGUACACGGGUACUCGAGUAGUUGGUUAACUGUUUGAGGUGCCAGUAUUCAAAUAUUGUCACUGUUUGGUCACAUAUUACAUUUCAUCACAGGAGGUGAAAAUGUACAGGCCAACAAUUCAGUACAAUGAAAAGUUUCUGCUUGUAUUUGCAAGAAUAUAUGUUUCAUUAUACUCCAAAACAUGAGUGCCUUAAUGUGAGUGCAUUACCAAGGACAUGUUGUUGAGGAUGUGCCUGAGAAGGGCAAAUGUCCAGAGGUCCAGAGAGAUUUAUCUGACAAAUAACGUUGCCACAUCGUUCACUGAGGAGAAAAUACCUUGUGUGAAAGACGAAUCCUCAUCAGCCUACAUUGUGAUACUUCAUUGUGUUAGCUCCUUAGCUUAUCUGAUAUGGUAGUCUUUGUUAUUCAUCCAACACAAAAACCUACCAGUUUCCCUCAGUUGUUUUUGAAUUGUAAAACAUGCUUUCAAGUGUAUUCUUCUGCAUGUUGCUAGAUUUUUUGUGUAACACCAGUGCUAUGAGCUAAAAAAGUAAGCGUACAGUCCUAUGUUAUUUUUAGCCAUUCUAUUUUUUUUCCUUGCUAUUGUUUUUCCUUUCUCAUGGAUGAUAUUUCCCUUCUUGAUCCUGACAAUAUGCCUGGACUUUACUUUAAAAAAUAAUUACAGUUUAAAUCUGAGUAACAGUAUUGUCCAGAAAAAUCACAGUUAGAUAUAUUCUGCAAAUUCCUUCAGCCCUACCACCAGUUGCUGUAUUCAGAUUGGACCAUGAGCAAAAGUCACACCGCCACUGCUCCUCAGAAUCCUGACGGUACCCCUCUGGAAUUUCUAGACUUCCAGACUGUGGUAAAGCCAGAAUUUUGGUUGGUCACACGAGUACCUCGGACACCCUGGAAGUACUACUGUGCUGAAUUUUUAGAGUUAGUCUCUGGCGGACAGGCUGCCCACUGGGUAAACUUUGUAAACUAUGGUUUACAGCUCACCAAUGCCAGUGACAUUGCUCACCCUCUUCCAUUUAUUAAAAUAAGUCAUACUGUGAUCUAUGAGAAGUAUAUUUUAAAAGCCCUUUGCAUGGAGAAUAAUGAUUUCAGCUUGGAUGCAUGAAAUAUGAGGAACACUAGAGAAUUAUUUAAUACUCAACCAUCAGGCUGUGGUAUAAUCUUAGCCUUUGCACUGCUGGAUACACAGUGUGAACAAGCAUCACAGCUUGUCAUGCAUGUCAGGGGACUACUCACUUGCAAGUGGUGUGAAUUCACAUUUUGGUUAUUUAUGAACCCUAGCACACCAGAAGUGGUGUACCAUCACAUUUUACAUUUGAUUUGAAUUCCCAUGUUCCAAAUACAUGAAUGUAAUUUUAAAGCAUCUUGAGUUAAAAAAUGUGAGACUAGUACAGAUUCAGAACUGUGAACACGACGGAUGAGAUGGACAAAACGGGCAUGAUUUCUUGUAAAUUUUAAAUCUGUAGUAGAGGGGAUGCUGUAUAUUUAAAAAUUAUUGCAGCUGAGUUAUUGCGAGUCAUAGGCUAACACCUUUGGCACUAAAGAGUGCAGAAUGAAGUAUGUAUACAUUUUAUUGUGGGUAUUAAUCUGUCACACUUAUUCAGAAUUAUAAUCAUUUGCAAGCACACAGAGAGCACAAAUCUGCCUUGUGACCUUUAAUUACUCACAAUUUCCAGUGUUAAUGUGACUUAUGGCAUAUUGAUUCUUAAACAGACAGCUAAAAUAAUGAAUGAAAUAAUUGUUUGUAGGAAGCCCAACAGCUUUUUGACUCCAAGAAUCUCUGAGAAAUUAUCUUUCAUCUGCUCUCUGAAGACUCAUUAUCCUUAUGCUGAUUUACUAUUACUUCUCCAUUAGAGCCUGACUGAUAUAUCACUUAGCUGAUAUUGAUGACCACUGGUUUCUUGGGUAUCAACAAUAUGUUUGCAGAUAGUUUUUUGGGAACAGCAUUGGUGGUAUUCAGAUUUCCAAUUUCCAGACGACAGGUGUAAAUCUUGUCCAAAAUGUUGGAGGCCAAAGUGGUGAGUCAAGGGGUGGGGUGUGGUCUUGGGGGGUUUUCCUCUGUCUCAAGCUCCCUUUCAGGUGUACUCAAAUCAGAAAUGGUCACCAAAUAAGUGAACACAGUGCAUUAUUUUCAAGCCAUCAUUCAAUUUAUCUAAGCAUUGAUAAAUGAUAACCUGUGUUGCUAACUGGGAGAGAGCGCUCUGUUCUGCACAGAAAGAGUUAAACUCUCACUAAUUAAAGCAGCAGCCAAAGUUUAGAUAAUAUUGUUUCAUAUAUGAGGGAUUGUUGCUGAGUGGUGUAGACGGGACAGGAACUAAACCUGUUCCGUGGUGUUUGGAUUUGUAGCCUGAUCAGCUAACUUAACACUGGCUUAGCAAGCAGGUUACAAAACCAAACAGUGCCACCCAUCCCAGUACAGGUUUGAGUGUGACUGACUGGAGCUCCGAAACAAUUGAAGAUGAUAAUGAUGAUUAAAAACUAAUGUCUGGGAGACCAGAAGUUGAGUGAGUGGUUUGGAUUAGCAAUAGCUUAGUUAGCAGGCCAAGCAUGCCCCACAUCCCAAUACAAGCUUGGCUCCAGCUAACUGAUGCUAAAAAGACGCCCAUUUUCAAGAUAUCUGGUGGAGUUGGAGUGAAAGCCCCCUAAAAUUGGUAUUAACCCCAAAAUGCUCAUAUCUGUUGGGCCUUACCAUCAUGUGUUUGACAUAGUAUCAAUACUGGCAUGUGGGUGUUGAGCACUGAGCUGAGAGUUGUCAAUGAAAUUUGUUUUUGUGGGUUUUCAAGUUGCCUGAAAGCAGUUCUCAAUUUGUCUCCCAAGCGUGAUGCAGUUGUCGACAUGUGCAUGUUUGCCCAGUGGAUAAUUUUGCACAUCCUGCAGGAGCUCAGUAAUUAAACUUGCAAAUGCACACUUUUAAUGAACUUUCACUGAUACAUUAGUGUAAGAACGGAAGCUGCUGAGCAAUCUGGAUGCUUCCACUUACUUAACUGGAAAUUUGAAACGGUUCCUACACUUCUGUGACUGCUAUUAAUUUGUUCAAUUUUUUCUUUCUGCAGUUUUCUGCAUUCUUCAGCAUUGCAUGGAAAGCAGAGUAGAUGUCAGAAGUUCGUUUUAAUUUUGCCUCUCAAAUAGCAGAUGAAAUUUUCACUGUUACUGUGUUACUCUGAUUUUGUCUCCAUAUGGUGUACUGCCACAGCACAUCCAGUGUGUGGAGCUUAUUGUGGAGUGUGGCCUAUAAAUCUUAUUUACUUGUGCAAGGAUGUAGGAUUAGAAUGUAAAGAAGUGGAAUAAAAUUCAUACAGAAUAAACGUUUAUCAUAAUCAUUUGCAAGUACACCUUGACACAAAUCUUCCUUGUGAUCUUUAAGCCUUAGAAGUUGAGACAUAUUAUGGUUGCUAUGCUCAGAUGUAAUUGUGUAAUGGCAUGUGUGAUAAUAUAGUGAAUUAUGCAAUGAAUUGCAUUGAUGGAUGUUUUACAAGAUAUAUCAGCAGACUCAAGCCAAGUUACAUUUUUUUGUAGUUUUUUUAAUGUCAAGUCGUUACAAAAACAGGGAAAAAACAUAAAGGAUGUUUUGUUGUGAACACAGGAUUGUGUUCACAAGGCCAUGGCAGUGAGAUCUGGGUGAUAUUAUAUAGAUAUAAUUAGAUAUUGGCAAUAAUUGACAGUAAGCUAAUGGCAAAUGAGUGAACGCAGUGAGGAUUUUCAAGCCAUCAUUCAGUAGAUGUGAAGCCAACUGUCUUAUCUAUCUAACCAUUGAUAAAUGUUAAACAGUGCUGCUCACUAGGAGAGAGCGUUCUGCUCACAAUAGAAAAUGACUAAGGCACUGACACAAGUUGCUUCAAAGGUGAUAAUCACUGCUUUGUGAAAAGAUACUGAUAUAGAACUGAAUUGAAGGCCUCAAUUAAUGUAAACCGCUUUCUAAAUAAUAUUAAAUAAUAUGUUCCCUUCUAAUUCCCUUAUACUGGUGAAACAAUGCAUUGUGUCAGGGGAUUAUUAAGCCGUUAAGCUCUCUUUUGGGGGUUUCCCAGAGUGCACCAAACCAUCUGAGGAAAAUUCUAAAUAUUUUUCAUACAGCUUACAUGUCCGAUGGUUCAGAUGAGUUGUAAAAUUAUGAAAAUACUUCAUUGUUUCCCACAGGCAUCUGUAUUUGAUAUCUAGAGUGUCUUGCUGAACUCAACUAAAGCACAUGUUGCUGUCUGAUGCUUCUCCAGCAAGGGGCUGUAUCAGCAAACAAGUCAUGAACCCACACCAGCAGGAGCCCCAAGUGUUUGUAGUAACAACUUUUCAAAAUGUGAUUUGUUAUAUUCUUAAAUAUGAUAUUCCAUUAAAGAUGGUCAAAAAAUCUGUAAAUGUUAAAAAUCCAUAUCAGCAUAAGAAAGAAUAGGAAAUAAAUCUAAGCUAUAGCUGUUGUGCAGGGAUGAGUUCCUCCAUUUGUUUCAGUGAGCCACAAUUUACCUUACCAUGCUUUUGAUAGUGCUGAAUAAGACUGCAACUUCUAAGGGUUAAUUAUCAACUAUUUCCUGUGUAAAUGUGAAAGCUGCUUGCUUAGCCACACUGAUUUCUGAAUAACAUAAAUUCCUGCACCUCAAUUUCCUCCCUGUAAAUUAAAGCACACUCUGUUUGCUGUCUUCGCUAGAUGGAUGUGAUUACAGCAACAGAUGCGUGCCAACUAGCUUCACUCUGCCCUCGCAAUGAACCCAGAGAGACUGAUGAGGUCUAUAAACAUCAUUAAGAAAGCAAACCUGCUGACUGAUGGCCCUCUUUCUGAAGUGAGGCUAGCAUGUAAUUAGCCACUAGGUGGUAUUUGGGGGUGAAAAAAACAAAACUAAGCUUUCUCAAGUCAGACUCCAUUGUCUCUGUUCAUUAUCUCCCUUACAACAUCCAGGUUGUAUUUAAUGAGUGUUUUUACUCUGGAAAUAAAGAUUGUCACUGCAUUUGAGGAUUGCAAAGCCAAAAUCAGCGGUUUCUUCAUUCCCUCUCUACAUUUUGAGUCAUCUUUAAACUGCAGUACCUGUGAAACCAUUCAUGUAAGCAUUUACAUUCAUAUCUGCUAUUGUUAUAAAGCUGUCAGUGCCAUGUGAUACUUGUGACAGUGUGGAAAAU